AUGCUUUCCAAGUGCGCGCUGCACUGCGCCCGGGGCUUGCGAGGUGUUCGCGCGCCCGCGGCGGUCCGCGCCGCGGCCGCGCUCAGCGCCCAUGGCAGGCCAGGGCUGGCGCCGCGCCGCACGAGUGCCGCCCCAGCGGACCAGGCUGCGGCCGCGCCCCGGCGCUUCGCCGGCACCACGGCGCCGCUCGCGCCCGAGCCGCCCUUCCGCACGGUGAUCACCUACAACCAGUCCAAGCACGCGACGGGCUCCGUGAUCGCAGACAUCCGCGCUGUGUGGGGCGACAAGAUCAGGGUCAUCCAGACGCUCGAGGACGGCAAGCAGCGCCUGCCGAACACGGACGGGGCGCUGUACGUCAGGCCCAAGUCCUGGGGCGACAUGGAGCACUUCGCCGAGCGUUUGAACUGGAUGUGCUCCCAGGACCACAGGCUGCACUCCGACCGCCAGCAGAAAGAGGUGGUCUUCAUGCCCGGCUGGUCCGCAUUCGCGGAGUCCGCGGAGGCCGCGCGCGCGGUGGAGCAGCUGGGCCUGGUGUGGCCAGGCACCGAGCCCGUGGCGAGCGUGACGCUCGAGAAGAUCGGCUUCAAGCGCAUCUGCACCAAGGCGACGCUGGACGCUGCGCGCGGCGCAGUGCUGGCGACGCACGCGGCGGCUGGGCUUGCGAGCGGCCAGCGGGAGGCGGUACGCCUCAUCCGCGCCGCCGAAGGCCUGCUGCGCACGGCGGUGGCUGUGCUCGCCACGCCCUCCUCCCCCGCGCUCGUCGCGGCGCCCCUGGCGGAUCCAGCGGCUUCCUCGCGCAGGAGGCGGCGGCCCCGCGGCCGCGGCGGCUCGAAGGGCGGGGACGAGAACGGCAAGCACUACAUCGUCGCUGACGGCAUGGACAUCGACAAGGGGUCGGCGGGCGAGGUGGCCACGGGGGCUGGCGCCCCGCCUCAGCCGAUGCUGGAGGACGACGCUUGGGCCGACGAGCUGCCCGUGGUGAUGCAGGCUCGUGGCCCGCCUGCCAGCACAGACCAGCGCGAGGGCAAGGGCAAGAACGCGGGCAAGGGCGGCGAGAGCGGCGGCAAGGGCAAGCUUGGCCACCUCGAGGUGUGGCAGCUGAGGAACCUCGUCGUCCGCCUGCGGGAGCGCGCUGGGCUGCCUCCCGCUCCCGAGACGGCCCCCUUCGACCACAGCGUGCUGGUCGCAAUGGCCGUCGAGCUUGAGGAGUUGGCGGCCUCGUCCGACGGCACGUGGGGGCAGCUGCCCCGGCCCGCGUCGGCCGGUGGCCGCGAGAUGGCCGCCCGCCGCGUGGCGCCGGGGGACGGCGAGGCCAAGGGCAGGCCGGCGGCGCGGGGCUGGUGCCCGCUCGGGGAGUGGUUCGAGCUCUACCAGGUCGCAACCACGCCGGUGGCAUUGGAGGUCAUCAAGCCGAAGCAGUACUUCUCCGCGUCCAACGAGCUCAGCGUACUCACGCUCAUCGUCUGCUGGACUAUCACGCUGUUUUACGACCACCGCCAGGUCUCUCCAAGAAUCGUGAGGAUGGGUGUGUCCUGGGGUUCUCGACGUUCUCGGCACCCCUGGGCCCCUUCACGUGCCCCGGGAGCCUCCACAACGCGACUCUCAAGAUGA